AUGACAGAUCCGGGCUACGCCUCGUCCGGGUCCGGUAGCGGACGCGUGUCCGGCGGCGAGGGCGGCGACCGGAACGCCAUCGUGCUCAAGGUUGGCAUGGUCGGCGACGCACAGAUUGGCAAGACGUCCCUCAUGGUCAAAUAUGUCGAGGGCAGCUUCGACGAGGAUUAUAUCCAGACGCUUGGAGUCAACUUUAUGGAAAAGGCGAUAACGAUUAGGAACACGGAGAUCACCUUUUCUAUAUGGGACUUGGGAGGACAACGCGAAUUCGUCUCCAUGCUGCCACUGGUGUCUAAUGACGCCGUUGCGAUUCUGUUCAUGUUCGACCUGACACGAAAAGCGACCCUCAACAGUGUCAAGGAGUGGUACCGCCAGGCAAGGGGGUUCAACAAGACCGCCAUCCCCGUGCUUAUCGGCACCAAGUACGACAAGUUUGCCGCGCUCAGCCGCGAGGAGCAGGAGGAAAUCACCAAGCAGGCCAAGAGGUUCAGCAAGGCAAUGCACGCGCCGCUGAUCUUCUGCUCGACUUCCCACUCCAUCAACGUCCAGAAGAUCUUCAAGAUUGUUCUCGCCAAGGCUUUCGACCUGAAGUGUGUCAUUCCAGAGAUUGACCAGGUCGGCGAGCCCAUUCUGCUGUAUAACGACCUUUAA